UUGGAGGUUAAUAAACAAACGCACGUGAAUUUUAAAAUUCUAUAUAAAUAGUAAUAAUGGGGAAACGUAAAACUGAAGGCGAAGAUAUUAUGGCUACUGAUGUGACAAUAAAAACAGAAGAACCAGUAGAACUUACGUACGAGCAAAAGAUAUCACAUUGUAGUGUAAUCGCUAAACCAAUGGCAUCUAAAAAGUUGGCAAAAAAAAUUUACAAGUUAGUGAAGAAGGCGGUGAAACAUAAGACUUACAUUAGAUGUGGCUUAAAAGACGUUCAAACAAGAAUUCGAAAAGGAGAAACGGGCAUAGUAAUUUUUGCUGGAGACGUAGCUCCCAUUGAAAUUAUGUGCCAUUUACCAGGAGUAUGCGAGGAGAAGGAUAUUCCUUAUGUGUAUACACCUAGCAGAAAAGAUCUAGGUGCAGCAUUAGGAGUUAAACGAGGUUGUUUAACUGUGUUGAUAAGACCCCAUAGUGAGUAUGAGGAUGCUUUCAAUGAACUUAAGGAAGAAAUAACAAACCUUGGCAUUGCCUUAUAAUAGUGUAUAGUUUAAAACUAGAUAUAUUUUUGUUAAAUAUAAAAUACCUUUUUAA